CAGCCAGAGUGGCCACCACUGUUCUCUGCAGCAGAAGACCCCUUGCUGCCCUGCCGAAUCCAGCAUUUGCCAGUUACCAAUCUUCACAGGAACCUACAAGAAGCCCUUGCUCUGAUCUUCUUGGAGGAAAACCUCCUCGGCCUAAAAUGUGAAGAUCUGAACAUCAGACUGAAGGCUCUCCAGAAGUUCUUCAGGAUCCUCACAGGGGUCAAGUCUGAUCCAACUGGACAGCUGCCUGAUGAGCUGACUGGACGUCUGGUGGCAAUGACUUGCCUCUGUGCUUUAGAGGACAACGGAGAGAUCAGGGAGAUGGCGGCAGAAGACUUGUGCGAGCUCCUGCCCAUCGUGCGCCAUGGAGAACGUAAGUCAGAAAGGAACAAGAUCUGCUACCUGCCAAAAUCACUGAACUUCAUUACCCAAACAGAACAUUACCCGGUGGGAUCAGAGCCCCAGUUGAUUGGAUAGAAAUAGAAAACUACGCCUACUUGAAGCUGAGGGGGAUAACCCCGCCCAGUUCUUUUCUGUCCUCAAAAGUUCCAGCGACUUUUUCCUUCUCUCAUAUUUUUGCUAAUUCUGAUUGUUUCCUUACUGAUUGCUCUUUUCUGAUUCCCUUGUCGUCUUACCUUGAAUAUGUUAUAAUUUUAAAACAAACAAAAAAACCCUACUUUUGUCUUUCUUCUGCUGGUCCCUCUGUUUUCCCUUACUCCCCUCCUGUGCUGCAUGUGGUGAUCCGGACGAUCAACACACUACAGCGUUCGCCUUCCGAAGGGGAGAGGCCCCCAUGCUGACUUUCCAGGGGGGCCACAUUCAGUGAAAGCACAGCUGUUAGCCACGGCUGCCUCUGGGCCGUUCGUGCGCCUGACCCUGGAUGUGGAGAGUUCCUCAGAGCCAGAUACGACCGCCUGCGGGCCGCUCGUACUCGCUGUAUCUCCGCCCCCUUCGCAAGCACCGGCAAUUCAGGAGGUCCGGGAAUCAGGCCACCCGCUGAGACCGUGCCUCACUCGCUCCUCGUGGGCCCAGCACCAGCGUUAUGAACAAACUGUGGAAAACCGUGAGUCCCCUGGGCAGUGGCUUUUCCUAGGUAAAAGGUGCCCAGUAGCUAAUCCCCUGACCUCCUCAGCUGAUAUCAGGGCACUGGGUGUUUUUAAAGGAGCAGCUACACCUAAGAUGGUGGCAGGGGGCCCUUAUAAAAUGGUUCUGGGUACCUCAGCUAAUUUAGUGGGAAAUGGAGAGAACAGGCCAGAAUCCUCCCAAUCUAUCACUUCUAAUUUACAAGCAGCAGAGGGCGCUGCAGAGACUGAGAAUCAACCAUCUCCUUCUGCCCCACAAUCUAAUUUGCCCAGAUCUGUUCCCCCUGAGUGGCAGGCAUGGUUUUAAAAUGCCAUAAUUGACACUAUUUACACUAUUUAUAAGACCUGCUAAGAAACAAAGGGGAUCCAGCAAGCGCAAGAGGCGGGCAACUUCUUCAGAAAAUUCGGCUCCAUCUAGCUCUUCGUGUCCCUCUCCCCACAAGUCGAAGGCCCAAACCAAACAUCUUAAAAAACACAAGAAGUCCAAGGAUAAGGCUUCUGCCACCAAGGACUACCGUUGUUCUGAAAAUUCCAGCCAAGGUUCUGGGGAUCCAGACCCCCUUCACCUGAGGCCCUUAGUUCAAAACAAGCUAACCUCAGGGACAGUGCCCAUUGGUAUUGGUGACACUGGGCUCUGGGAUAAUGUGGGCAAUUUGGAGGGAGACAUUCAGGAUCCAGACUCCCUACCUAAGGAGGAGGGCGAGUGGUCUGGGGGUGAGGGUGUGGAACCUCGUAAUAUUUUCCAACGCCUCUUUAUUGCAGAUGAUUUUUCUCCCCUGAUGUCAAGGGUCCACAAGGCUAUUGGCCUGCAAGCUAAUUCAGGACCUGACCUUAUUCAGUCUGGAAAGGGAAAUUUAGUAUUAGAGAAAUGCUUCUACCUUUACCGGAUUUGUCUAGUAGAAAAAACCCUUUUGGCUGCCACUAGAUUCUAUUCUCCGCCCCCCCCCCAAUUCAAUUUUUAUUAAUUUUUAACAAUAAUAACCAUAACAAUCAUAAUAAACACAAAUGGACUUCCCGCGCACCUCUCUUCAUGAAAUAACAACUAUAAAGUUACCCUUAUUAUAAUAUUAAUAAAAAACACAAAUUUAAACCUUUAAAAUAAAAAAAAGAGAACCAUUAAUCUACCCAACCUGCAUUUCAAAUUUCAAAUCCUGCUGUAAGAUCAAUAGUAGGAAAAUAAUUCUUUAAAUACAACAAAAAAGGUUUCCAAUCUUCCUUGAAACGUUCUAAGCUUUGAUCUCUUAUCAAUGUUGUAAGUUUUGCCAUCUCUGCAUAUUCCAAAAUUUUUAUCAGCCAAUCUUCUUUUGAAGGCAGUUCAUUACUCUUCCAUUUCUGUGCAUAUAUUAUUUUAGCCACCCUAGAUGCAUACAUGAAGAGAGUUAAGUUAGCCACUAGAUUCUAUUCUUACCAAAAAAGGAACAUGUGGAUCUCUUAAAGACCCCCAAUACCGAUGCUCCAAUAGCCCAGUUGGUCAGUGGCUCCUUAGUGCCAAAGGAUGGCGAGGUCACAAUCAAAGAUCCUGCUGACAAAAAGGCGGAACUAUCGUUUCGCAAGGUCCAUGAUAAUCCAUCCCUGACCACGCGGGCUGCAGCUGCAGCGUCAGUGGUGGCCAAGGGCUUCUCUGCUGUGGGUGGAUGACCUUUUGAAUGACACACCCACAGAUCCAACAAAGCUGAGGCAGCAACUGCUUAAAAUCCAAAAGGCUCAGGCCUUUAUGGCCGAUGCCACUUUAGAUUCAAUCAGGUUUGUCUCACGGGCAUCUGCUGCUGCGGUUGUAGGGCGCCUCCACUUCUGACUUAAACAUUGGCAGGUCAAUGCCACUUCUAAAAAUAAUCUCACCACUGUGGCGUACGAUGGCACCAAGUUAUUUGGAAAGAAUGCACUUAAGGAUGUGCUAGUAGAAUCCAAAGACCAAAAAAGGGGGCCAUGCCAACAGCCCCAAGAUAAUCUGAUAAGCCAUUUUCCAAAAGACUCUAUUGACUAACUCAGUCCUCCUUUCAGCCCAUUUGUGGAUUCUGGUUCUUUAGGGGCCGGGGUCAAGACUUUAGAACCCAGAGGUUCAACUGGAACAGACAGGGUGGUUCCUAUAGGAACACUGGUUCCAAUAAGCAGCCCUUCUUACAGCAUAAGCAGGCCAAAGGCCAACAAUGACUUGCCGCUCCAAAAAUUGGGCGGUCAUCUGACGGAGCACCUCCACGCCUGGGAAGCAUCCGUUUCAGACAAAUGGACUUAAAAGAUGAUACGGGACGGGUACAAAAUAGAUUAAGUAGUUCCCCCUCCUCACAGGUUCCUCACUAUCCCACAUCUGCACUCUAUUAUCAGGCACUCUAAGCUUCUUUGAGUGAUUCAUCAUCUACAGGAAAUCGGCGCAGUGGAGCCUGUUCCACCCCUGCAAUGGGGGGAAGGCCAGGCUUUGCAUGCUGGGUCCACCUAGGAGGGCAAUAGUUUGUGAGGUCCCAUCCCUAUUCCUUUCCAUUGCAGAGGCGCUGAUGUAUACACCUUGGGGCGAGGACCUGGUGAAAAGAGCUCUCUCUGCCCUGGGACCAGCUACAGAAACUGAGCCUGCUUUCUUCAGUGGCAGCUGCUACAACAUUGCAACAGUCUUCGGUGGAUUCCUCUACUCCGAGCAGCUCCUGGAAGUCAUGCACUUCUUGGCAGGGGAUUUGACCACUGAAGGCUCAUUUGACCUCCUAAACAUAUUCCACCUGCUGCGCGAGUUCAUAAAGCAGUUCAGCGGCAAGUCGAUGUGGGUAAGGAGCUGUGAGGAGCCCCCUGGGAAGGAUGUCAAGCCAGUCUUUCUGCCACUGGGUUGCAUGAGCCUGAUCCUCCGCAUGUGUGAUGGCACUCGACUUGGUCUUCUAAAGUGUUAACUGAUUUGGAUACCUCAGAGGCGGUAUCCACAAACCAUGUUCAUAAAACUAGGUACAAAUACUUCUGUAAAACAGGAAUGACAAUGCUAAAAAAACUAAGGAGCACAGCUCAGGUUUUUUAGUCUCUCUUCAGACCAAAUCAAUGGGACCCACAACAAAAGGUUGCAUUCCCCAAAAUUAACGUCCACCUCCAGGAGUGGAGCUCAAGCAGGCCAUUCCGCACCCCUCAACAUAUAAAGUUUUCUGUCCUUUUCUCCCCAUCGUCAACAUUUUGUGGUUCUUGGUGACUACUGAGCACACUCAGGCAUCACUGGGCUGUUUUUGUUUCUUCUUUGUUUUAUUUUACUUACUUACUUUCUUACUUUGGUUGGUUGGUUGGUUUCCAUACAGCCCUUCCAAAAAAUGGCUCAGGGCGGUUUCCAUUAAAAUAAAACGAAAAUCAAUUAAGUAUUAAAAUCAAAAACUGUAAAAACAACAUAAAACCAUUAUUAAAACGGUUUUUAAAACCUUCGAAAACCAGGCCAAACCUUUACAGUUUAAAAGUUUAAAUACCCUGGAAGGCCAAGCCAAACAGAUAGGUCUUAAGCGCUCUCCUGAAGGCCAAUAAUGAACUCAGAUUAUGGAUUUCUGUUGGGAAUGCAUUCCACAGCCCAGGAGCAGCUACAGAGAAGGUCUGCCUCUGAGUUGCCACCAGAAGUGUUGGUGGUAACUGAAGACAGACCUCCUCAGAUGACCUUAGUGUGUGGUGGGGAUCAUGCAUAAGAAGGCGCUCUCUAAGAUAUCUUUACAAAUGUAUCUACUCAUGCAGACCUUGGGAGUCCUCCAAAGAUGAAAAAAAGCCACCCAACCUUAUAUGUUGGGUAGCCCUUUUCUGCUUUCCAAUCUAUAGGCGCUCAACCAUUUGAGUUCACUAUUAGAACAGGUUAUUUGCAAAUAUCAUAUUGCCUCCCCUACUUGGACUCCCCUGAGAUACAUAAUUUAAUACUGGCCCUCACCAAUUUUGUAAAUGUGGACAUGUUACCUUUGAAAUAAGCUUUAGAAGAGGCCAGCUUCACUAGCCUUAUUUUGUCCCACAGUUUUAGAGGCCAUCCUUUCUUAGAUCUGUCUGCAGUUUUUAGUGCCUGGGGAUUUAAUCCCAGCGGGGGAAGGGCAUGGGGACACAUUCACACACAAUAUUUAGUAUUGAAUAUGCUAAUAACCAAGGGAAUAGUGUUUCCCAGGCAUCAAGUGAGAUCUGUUGGUUCUCUGUUGCUGGGACCGAGGACACCUCUGGGUUAUCCUUCCCGUAAUCUCCAAUGCAGGACAGUUGAUUGGAUAGAAAUAAAAAGCUACGCCUACUUGUAGCUGAGGGGGAUAACCACGCCCAAUUUUUUUUUGUCCUCGAAAGCUGCAGGCAGCAAUUUUUAUCUUCUCUCAUAUCUUUGCUAUUUCUGAUUGUUUCCUUAAUGAUUGCUCCUUUCCUAUUCCCUUGUCUUCUUACCUUGAAUAUGUUAUAACUUGAAAAGAAAGAAAAGAAAAGAAGAACCUACUUUCUUCUUUCUUCUGCUGGUCCCUCUGUUUUCCUCACUCCACUCCCGCGCUGCAUGUGGUGAUCGGGGCGAUUAACACACUACAGCGUUCGCCUUCCGAAGGGGAAAGGUCCCCACGCUGACUUUCCAGGAGGGCCACGUUCAGGGAAAGCACAGUCGUCGGCCAUGGCCGCCUGCGGGCCAUUCGUGUGCCUGAACCUGGAUGUGGAGAGUUCCUCAGCACCAGAGAUGGCUGCCUGCAGGCCACUCGUACUGGCUGUGUCUCCGCCCCCUGUGCAAGCACCAGCAAUUCAGGAGGUCCGGGAAUCAGGCCGCCUGCUGAGACCGCUCCUCACUUGCUCCUUGUGGGCCCAGCACCAACUUUACAAACAAACUGUGGAAAACCGUGAGUCCCCUGGGCAGUGGCUUUUCCUAGGUAAAAGGCGCCCAGUAGCUAAUCCACUGCCCUCCUCAGCUGAUAUCAGGGCACUGGGUGUUUUUAAAGGAGCAGCUACACCUAAGAUGGUGGCAGGGGGCCCUUAUAAAAUGGUUCUGGGUACCUCAGCUAAUUUGGCAGGAAAUGGAGAGAACAGGCCAGAAUCCUUCCAGUCUACCAGUUCUAAUUUACAAGCAGCAGAGGGCGCUGCAGGGACUGAGAAUCAAUCAUCUCCCUUUGUCCCACAAUUUAAUUUGGUCAGGUCUGUUCCCCCUGAGUGGCAGGCAUGGUUUUAAAAUGCCAUAAUUGACACUAUUUACCAGAUAAGACCUGCUAAGAAACAAAGGGGAUCCAGAAACCACCACCACCCCAAACCCAUCUUCCAUCAUGUAGAUCUCUAGGUGACUUAGGUCAGUUUGGUUCAACCUCAGCAGUAAUGCAGCUGCCCUGCAUGUCCAAGUUCUUGCACUGUGUCUGGCAUUCACAGUUCCUCAUAUGAAUGGAUCAUGUGUGCCACAAUCCUCUGUAACAUUACACAGGUUGCAAGGUGUACAACUUGUUCUGCUAGUCUCUACUGAGGAAGCAGCACAGGAAUCCGAGUGCUUGUGCUCUUCCCUCAUUACUAGCUGCUCACACAAACAAGAGGAUGCCCCAGAAAAAUCUUGGUAGCAAAGUAGAGAAGUUUGUGAUGCCUUUGCAUCCACCCUGCCUAGGACAGUGAAAGCCCUUGAGCCAGCCUUGCUUCCUAGUGCCUUAUGAAUAACCCUCUUCUUACCUGACAGUUGGAGGAACUUCUGGACCAAUUGUUCAUCCGGUUGAAGGACAGAGUCCCACAUGGACAAGACGUAGCCUUGCUAGCCUUCCCCAUCUUGGCAGUAGAUCAUCUUGAGGAGGUGGUGCUAUACCUCCUCAAACACCCUUUCAGCAAGUGCCAGGAGCACUGGCAGGCAAUAUUCAAUGCCACAGCCAGAUACUCUGACCACAGCCGGAUACUCGUUGAGGUGGCAAAAUGGAUGCCGGAGUGCAGCAGAGUUGCGACUCGUGCAGUCCGGGUCUCAACCCCAGUGGGCUGGGUGUCAUCAAAGGAAGGCAGACUCCAGCUGUCCCUCAGGACCUGUUGACUCUUUGGGAUCUCCAGUCUGAAUUCUAAUGACAAGCAAGCAGUGAAGGAGAGGUUUCCAUACCUCUUACUUGCCCUGCUGCAACAGAUCUCUGUAUGGCUGGAGGAGAAUCUGGGUGUGAUAGAGAGCCUGGAAACUCUGCACCUCCUCCUUAGGACUGUUGGCAUAGAGGAGGAGAGUCUGGAGGAAUACCUGGAGCACUUUGGCAGCCCAGAAAGCUUCAGCCACGGACUAUCCAUUUUGGUGAGGAAAGAUGAAGAACACUGAGCACAGCAAAGAUGCCACUGUUUCCUACACUGCCAUUUUCAACUCUCUCAAAGGACAACUUUUAAAAAAUGCUUAUAUUACAUACCGUAUUAAGGACAAAUUGUCAUGAAAAAGGCUGUUGGCUAUAUGAAUGACACUUUCCUGUUAUCAUCUUGAAGUCGCUUCACAAUAAUGGAAGAUCAAACAGGCCCCAGUUUGGACGAAGAUUUUGAAGCACCUGAGGCUACACAUACAGGACCAAAAGGGGUGAUCAGUGACUGGAGAAAGUUUAAAUUAGAAAGUGAAGACAAGCAUGCCCUUCCUGUAAGCAAGAAAGAGAUCCUCAUCAGACAAAUGUCCUCACCCUAUCGCUCUCACAGCAGAGAUGAUAAAGACACCAGAGAGAGAUUCAGCCGAAAGAUGAGUGUCCAGGAGUAUGAGCUAAUUAAUGACAAAAAAGAGGAUGAAGGUUGCCUACAGAAGUACCACAAGCGCUGUAUGCAGGACAUGCAUCAGCGGCUGAGCUUUGGGCCCAAAUAUGGCUACCUUUCAGAGCUGCAAAAUGGAGAACAGUUCUUGGAAGCUGUGGAGAAAGAGCGGAAAACCAUCACCAUCAUUGUCCACAUCUAUGAAGAUGGCAUCAAGGGCUGCGAGGCACUCAGCAACAGCUUGACUUGUCUUGCUGCCGAAUACCCUGUGGUGAAAUUCUGCAAGAUCAAGGCCUCUAAUACGGGGGCUGGAGACCGUUUCUCCACUGAUGUUCUCCCAACACUUCUUGUCUACAGAGGAGGGGAGCUCGUAAGCAAUUUCAUUAGUGUCACUGAACAUUUCAAUGAAGAGUUUUUUGCUGUGGAUGUGGAAACGUUCCUAAAUGAGUAUGGGUUGCUUCCUGAGAAGGAUAUCCCAGCACUUGGGAAUGGCAACAUGGACGAACAAGAUGUUGAAUAAUUGACAUGAUAUCUAAUACUAAAGUAUCUCCUGCCCCUCCUCAGUACAUAUUGCAAUUGGAUCUCAGCAGGACCCAUGUUCAUUUAGUGAACGCUGCAUGCAUGUACUCAUGCACUGUAUGAAAGCAAUAUACAUAGUUAACCAAAAUACAUUUGCCAACUGUUCUUAUACUUGCUUGUUCAUAUGAUGCCUACACAAUAAUACUAAAGGCUAAUAGGGAAUUCGUUUAAAAAAAAAUACAAAUACAAGUGGGCCCAGUCUGAAUGAGUUUCUAGCUGUAACCUUCAGAUCUGUUGGGCCCAAUUCCACCAGAUUUCUUGUGGCUUCAUCCCUAUAACAUGCUGGGAAACAAGCAGGAUAUUAAGGGAAGAGCUCCUGAACAAAUGGUCAGUGUCAGCAGGUAUAACAUUUCCAAGAUUUUCCCAAAGGGAGAGACUGCCAGAGAACAACCUUUUGUAGUCAUCUGCAGGAAGGGUGCAGGUGGGGCCAAGAAGAAAUAGAAGGCAAGGUUGCAUUAGGCUACACAAUAAGCAAUUGACUGGGGUUCAGUGGGCAUGGAAACUGAACAGACUAUGCUUGCAGGAUCAAGAGGCAGAGCUGCCAGGACCCCAUAACCUCAGCAAAUGACAGGAAAGUUUUUUGAUUACGCAAGGCAUCUUAGAGCAAGGGAAGGCUUCCACACAUUUGGUGGAGCAGAGACCAUACACAGUGGCCCUAUGAUUUGGGCAGGUCUAGAACCCAGUGAGGAACAACUGUGCAACAGGACCUGAUUCUGGCACUUAUUGCAUCACCCCAGGGUGACUCUGGUUUUCUAAGGUUGUUUCCUUUAUUCUGAAUGUCCCUUUUUGUAAAUGACAUCAGUAGAAUAAUUGAAAGGAGUUCCAUGACAAUUUUCAGGUAUUUGUCUAAUUUCUGCACGAUGCUCACAUAAAACAUGAUAUUGAAAACCGUUCUUAGAAUGAGAAAGCCACUGCUGUACAUCAGGACUGAAGCACAAUUACCUGGAUUGCACGUAUUAAGUUCUAUAUAGAUGUUUUUGGUGUUUGUUUUUAAAUGUAGAGUAACUGUAUUUUGACACAACAGGCAAGUGACUGUGAAAAGGGAGCCUGGAAAUAUCUCCAGGCAAAGCAAUAUAAUGUGUUUCCACAGUUUUAAAGUAAUUGUAAUAUUACAUCUGAACUGGACUUUUGCUUAUGUUUUAUGUUGCUGGAUGUUUUAAAUGUUUUAAUCCUGCUUUAUAGCCACAGUUCUCAAAACAACUCUUAGCUGAAUCAUAAUACAGUAAUACAUUUACUAAACAACAGUCAAAACAAUUAAUUAGUUAAAUGUAAUCAGCUUAAACAAAACCACAAGAUAAUAUUCUGAUGAAGGAAAGCUUGCCUGAAGACCCAUGUGAAAAGCAUUAUAUUCAAGCAGAGUUUUUGAGCAAUAAUGAAUACUGGAAUACUCCAAGCUAUCAGAUAAAUAACAUUUGUAAGCCAUAUAGAAAAUUAUCUAACACAUGCCCUUUAAUAAUAGUGAAAAUAUAGAAGUUGGGUUAUUCCUGGAAAAGGUAGAAUGUAAGAAAGUCAAAGAUACAUAUUGAUAUGUCAAAUACAAUUGUAUAAUGUUGAGUGUUAUUGUAAAGAUGGGUGUUGGCUAAGAUAUUGUUAGUAAUUACUACUAAACCUAUUUUGUGUUGAUGCAGUGAAUAAAAUAUAUUUAAAAGAA